UAUAUCCGUGUGAUGAGACAAAAAUAGCAAGAAAGCACGACGCCGAAUAAUUAAUUAAACUCUGUUUCUCACUUAACUAACUCACUUAACUUAACCUGUUAGCUAUUAAAGUUAAAACCCCAAUACAGAAACACACUCAUAUCACAUUCAAUAAUGAAGCUUUGUUUCGUUUUUUGGUUAUUGUGUUUACUAUUAACUUCCCUCACAUUCACGACGUUUGUCUAUGCCGCCGGUAACGUCACCUACGAUGGCCGCUCCCUCAUCAUUGAUGGACAACGCAAGCUUCUUAUCUCUGCUUCCAUUCAUUACCCUCGAAGUGUUCCUGCGAUGUGGCCUGGUCUUGUUCAAGCAGCCAAGGAAGGUGGUGUAGAUGUCAUUGAAACCUAUGUUUUCUGGAAUGGACAUGAGCUUUCUCCUGGAAAUUAUUACUUUGGAGGACGAUUCGAUCUCGUCCAGUUUGCCAAGAUUCAGGCCGGGAUGCACUUGAUUCUGCGAAUUGGCCCUUUUGUCGCCGCAGAAUGGAAUUUUGGUGGAGUACCAGUAUGGCUGCAUUAUAUUCCAGGCACUGUAUUCCGGACAUACAAUCAACCUUUUAUGUAUCAUAUGGAGAAGUUUACAACAUACAUAGUCAACCUUAUGAAACAAGAGAAGCUUUUUGCCUCACAAGGGGGUCCCAUAAUCUUAUCCCAGAUAGAAAAUGAAUAUGGAUACUAUGAAAACUUUUAUAAAGAGGAUGGUAAGAAAUAUGCCUUAUGGGCUGCAAAAAUGGCUGUUUCUCAAAAUACAAGUGUCCCUUGGAUAAUGUGCCAACAGUGGGAUGCUCCAGAUCCUGUGAUUGAUACUUGCAACUCAUUCUACUGUGAUGAAUUUACGCCUACUUCUCCAAAUAGGCCCAAGAUUUGGACUGAGAACUGGCCUGGAUGGUUUAAAACUUUCGGGGGCAGAGAUCCUCACAGACCCGCAGAAGAUGUUGCUUUUUCUGUUGCUCGUUUCUUCCAGAAAGGUGGAAGUUUACAUAAUUACUACAUGUAUCAUGGAGGAACAAACUUUGGCCGUACAGCAGGUGGUCCAUUCAUUACAACAAGUUAUGAUUAUGACGCCCCAAUAGACGAGUAUGGGUUGCCUAGACUUCCAAAAUGGGGACAUCUUAAGGAACUUCACAGAGCUAUCAAGUUAUGUGAGCAUGUAUUGCUUAAUGGCAAAUCAGUUAAUAUCUCCCUUGCUCCUUCUGUGGAGGCUGAUGUGUAUACCGACUCAUCUGGAGGAUGUGCUGCCUUCAUUGCUAAUGUUGAUGAUAAAACUGAUAAGACAGUUGAAUUUCGGAAUGUGUCAUAUCACCUGCCAGCAUGGUCAGUUAGCAUUCUUCCUGAUUGCAAGAAUGUAGUUUUCAACACAGCAAAGGUUUCUUCCCAGACAAACAUAAUUGCAAUGAUUCCAGAGAAUUUGCAGCAAUCAGAUAAAGGUCUAAAAGCUUUUAAAUGGGAUGUACUGAAGGAGAACCCAGGAAUCUGGGGGAAGGCUGACUUUGUCAAAAACGGCUUUGUCGACCACAUCAAUACUACCAAAGAUACCACUGAUUACCUGUGGCAUACAACAAGCAUAUCUAUUGGUGAAAAUGAAGAGUUCCUAAAGAAAGGAAGCAGACCAGUUCUUCUAAUAGAAUCCAAGGGUCAUGCUCUCCAUGCUUUUGUGAAUCAAGAAUAUCAAGGUACUGCGUCUGGAAAUGGUAGCCAUUCACCAUUCACUUUUAAGAAUCCCAUCUCUCUCAAGGCAGGGAAGAAUGAAAUCGCUUUAUUGAGCUUGACGGUUGGCUUACAGACGGCUGGACCAUUUUAUGACUUCGUAGGGGCAGGAUUAACAAGUGUAAAGAUUAAGGGACUCAACAACAAGACAAUAGACUUGUCUUCUAAUGUGUGGACUUACAAGAUUGGAGUACAAGGAGAACAUCUAAAGAUAUACCAGGGAAAUGGGUUGAAUGGUGUGAACUGGACAUCUACUUCAGAACCACCAAAAGGGCAGGCAUUGACAUGGUACAAGGCUAUUGUGGAUGCUCCGCCGGGGGAUGAACCAGUUGGAUUGGAUAUGUUGUAUAUGGGAAAAGGUUUAGCUUGGUUAAAUGGAGAAGAAAUUGGAAGAUAUUGGCCUAGGAUAAGUGAAUUCAAGAAGGAAGAUUGUGUUCAAGAAUGUGACUAUAGAGGCAAAUUCAAUCCAGAUAAAUGUGACACUGGUUGUGGAGAACCUUCACAAAAAUGGUACCAUGUUCCACGAUCUUGGUUCAAGCCAUCUGGAAAUGUUCUUGUGAUCUUUGAGGAGAAAGGUGGUGAUCCAACAAAGAUUACAUUUGUGAGACGUAAAGUAUCUGGAUUGUGUGCCCUUGUUGCCAAGGAUCAUCCCUCUGUUGGACUCCUUUCUGAGCAUGAAAAUAAGAUAGAGAACAACAAAAACCUUCCUUUUGCGCGUUUAACAUGCCCCAGUAACACUGUUAUAACUGCUGUAAAAUUUGCUAGCUUUGGAACUCCUUCUGGAAAAUGUGGAGCUUACCUUAAGGGAGAUUGCCAUGAUCCUAAUUCUAGCAUAGUGGUUGAAAAGGCGUGCCUAAACAAAAACGAUUGUGUCAUAAAAUUAAGUGAAGAGAAUUUCAAAACCAACUUGUGUUCUGGCUUAUCAACCAAACUUGCAGUGGAAGCUGUCUGCAGCUGAUAAUACUAGUUAUCAAAUCCGGAAGAGUUAAUUGAAGCAUUGCAUUGUACCAUUUGUUUUGCCAGCUUGGCUGCAUCAAAGAAGCUGAUUUUUUUUCCAUAUAAAUACAUAUACUGUUGUAUUAUAGGCUAGCUCUGAGGUUUAAUUUAUGGUAGGGGUAAUAUGCUGUAAAUGUGCUAUCCUUUGAGUGUAAGCCAUUCUAAAUCAAUGUAUUUUCUUCAGAGGCUCUGAAACUGCACUUUAGUGGUAAUAUUUUGAAUUUUUUAUUCAUGAAUCUUCUCA